AGUCGACAUCCAGAUACCUGCCCCCCCACCUCCCCCUUUAUUUUAGCAGGCGAGGUGGGUUUUUGCUGCUGCUGCCGUUCUUCUCCGUAGUGACCAGGCUCGUUUAUCGGAUCAGUUUGGGGUGCAAAUUCGGACUUCAUUAGGUCAGAAACACUUGUGGGGAUUGCCACCGUCCAUUCCAUCCUACGGCCAUUCUAACAGUCCUCGACUGUCACUUACCACCCCCGGGAUUUCUCAUUUCUCGUUCCCAAUAAAUAUAAACUAUGGCUAGAACGGAUCUAAUCCAGAAAGCCAAGCUGGCAGAGCAGGCUGAGCGCUACGACGACAUGGCAGAAUGUAUGAAGGCUGUUACAGAGAUGGGAGAGGAGCUGUCAAACGAGGAGAGGAACCUGCUGUCCGUCGCCUACAAAAACGUGGUUGGGGCGAGGCGGUCUUCAUGGAGGGUGAUCUCCAGCAUCGGACUGAAGACCGAGGGGUGCGAAAAGAAGCAGCAGCUGGUCAAAGAAUAUCGUGAGAAGGUGGAGUCGGAACUGGAUGAAAUCUGCAAAUGUGUUUUGAAACUGCUGGAUGACCAUCUAAUUAAAAAUGCUUCAAAUUCAGAGAGCAAAGUCUUCUAUCUAAAGAUGAAGGGUGACUACUAUAGAUACCUUGCUGAAGUUGCCAGUGGAGAGAACAAAACAAAUACCAUUGAAAGCUCACAGCAAGCAUACCAAGAAGCAUUUGAUAUCAGCAAGGCUGAAAUGGAGCCCACACAUCCCAUUCGCUUGGGCUUGGCACUUAACUUCUCUGUCUUCUUCUAUGAGAUCCUCAACUCUCCAGAAAAAGCCUGCGAAUUGGCCAAACAGGCAUUUGACGAUGCUAUUGCAGAACUCGACAAUCUACAAGAGGAGUCCUACAAAGACAGCACUCUUAUCAUGCAGCUCCUCAGAGACAACCUGACAUUAUGGACAUCAGACAACGCUGCUGAAGAGGGCGAGGGGGAAGAGGGCUCCAAGCCGUCGAACUAAGAAACACAAGCCCAUGCUGCUGGGGUUGACUCCAAAAAAUAACAAAAGGAAGAAAAGAAAAAAAAAAACUUUUUAUACAUCCUUCAUUCCUUAAUGCUCCACUUAAGCAUUCUGCCAUGAAAACACAUUGCUGAAAACGGUUGGGUAAUAAUGGGGAAACAAGACAAACACAAAAAAAACACACACUUGAUUUGGACACGAGAAAACCCUCCAUUCCUUUACUUUGCGGUGGUCUUGGUCAUCCCCUUUGUGUGCAGUUUACUGUGAUUGAUAGCUUGAUAUGAUAUCAGACUCCUUCCCUCAAUUAAGAGGCAAAUCAACUGGAAGUUAAGCUUCAUAAAAUUUAAAGUUUGGAUUUUCUUCCAAUAACAAAUAUUAGACAAAUACUAAUUUCCUCCUGUAUCUUAUUGUAGUACACCUGUCAAUGCAGCAGCAGAGGUUUAACUUAAAGUACAAGUUUAUACUGCAGGGAAAGCCAGUGCAAUUUACAUACUGGAUGGUUAAACCCUCAGUCUGUCCUAGUUCUAAUGAAGCAUGUAUACUUGGGAGGGUAAUGGUGGGUCUUGACUGACUGAAUUCAGGGACAGUUGUCAUGCAUGUCUCUUGAGCCUCGUGUUGAUGCACUUCCUGAACAUCAUAAGCAAGUUGUUAAUGUUAAUCACCUCCUUCAACCUCUCUGGUGUGUCCGGUCCAAGAGGCAGCUAGCUCGUGGAUGCUGAGGACCCUGUCCACUCACUAGAUCUUGAUGGACAGCUGGUUCAAGUCUCAUGGUGAAACUCUGGUUCUUCUCACUCACUCCUACAGAGUGACAAAGCUUUGAGUUUCCUUGUGAUGUCCUUAGAUGCAGCACUGAUUCCGUACUGUAGGAACUUUUUUUUUUUUUUUUUUUUGUAACUCUCACAUCACAGAAGGAAACCCAGCUUGAGAAGUGGAUGUUGAAGUAGACAUUCACCCUCAUCCUGAUUUAUAGGUCAGUCCUCCUCAUCCUCCAGCAGAGGCCACCACGACUAUCUUCUGGGUCUUUUACAUCUUCAGACUGAAAUGGAAAUAACUGCUGUAACACAGACCUGUCAAAAUGUCAAGUUUAGCCAUUUUUAAUGCAAGUUUGUACACAUCCUACAAAGGGGUGAUUUGUUAGUCUGUCCAGUGAUUGUCACUAGAGAUUUGGACCACUAUUUUGCUAUUCAUUCAGUUGUAGACACCCCCCCCCCCCC